CUCUUGGUCCUGGACCUCAACGGCGCCCUCAUCUUUCGAGACAAGAAGAGCGGAAGCCGCCGGACCUCCUAUCCCCGCCCAUAUCUUGGAGCCUUCCUGGACUAUCUGUUCCUCCCGGAACCGAAUGCCAAACUGCCGGCGUACCGCCCAUGGGAAGUGUACGUGUGGAGCUCAGCGCAGCCGGGGAAUGUCCAACCGAUGGUGGAGUCUUCGUUUGGGGAGAAGUAUAUCGAGGGAAUCUGGAGGAAGGAGACAGACCAGGCUAGGGAGAAGAGAGAGAAGAAGGGUGAGGGAAGAUUGUUGGGUGUCUGGGCGAGGGAUAAGCUUGGGCUGAGCUCGGUUGACUACCGCCAAAAGGUUCAAACCGUCAAGGAUCUCCGUAUUCUCUCCAAGCACCUCCUCACCGCGCUCUCUCUCGAUCCCAGCGACUGCCUGAACCACCUUCGAUUCGACGAGACCAAUAUGGUCCUCCUUGACGACUCGCCACUCAAGGGCGUUCGUCAGCCAUGGAACGAGGUCGUCCUUCCCGAAUAUGACGGGGAUGGGUAUCAGAAGUCUAGACUCGCGGCGCUGAAGGGCGAGCAGGACGAGGAAGUUAUUCCAGAGGGGAUG